AUGGCGCAAAGAAAGGGUCGCAGGUUGUUGCUUGUCCCUUUGCCUCUGCAAGGCCACAUAAACCCAAUGCUUCAACUGGCACAAAUCCUUUACACUAAAGGUUUUUCCAUCACCAUCAUCCACCCCUCUUUCAACUCCCCGAACCCUUCCAACUACCCUCACUUCAACUUCUCCUGCAUCGAAGACGAAUUUGUCCUAACCGAAUCCUCGGAUCUCUUGAGUUUCCUCAUCGAACUGAACGCUAAAUGUGUUGAGCCUUUCAAAGAGUGCGUGGGAAAGCUACUUCAGAGUGAUGAUGCGUGGGAGGAACCUGUGGCGUGUUUGAUCUCAGAUGCUAUCUGUCACUUCACUCAAGGCGUUGCCCACAGCCUUCAGCUUCCCAGGCUUGUUCUGCGAACCAGUGGAGUCUCUUCCUUUGUUGCUUUCGCCGCCUAUCCCCUGUUCAGACAAAGAGGUUACAUACCCACACAAGAUUGCAAAUUGGAGGAGGAAGUGGAAGAGCUACCACCACUGAGAGUGAAAGACCUACCCCUGGUAAAGACGGAGGAGCCAGAAAAAUACUAUGAAUUACUGCACAAUUUCGUGAAAGAGACAAAGGGUUCCUUGGGAGUGAUUUGGAACUCCUUUGAAGAGUUGGAGUCACCUGCAUUGACAAAACUGGGCAAAGAGUUUUCCAUACCAAUGUUCCCAAUAGGACCCUUUCACAAGUACUUUCCUUCUUCCUCAUCCUCUAGCAGCUUGAUCUCACAAGACCAAACUAGCAUAACUUGGUUAGACACACACAAACACAAUUCUGUGGUGUAUGUGAGUUUUGGGAGUCUUGCUGCAAUGACUGAGACUGAGUUCUUAGAGAUAGCUUGGGGUUUAGCCAAUAGUAAGCAUCCAUUCUUGUGUGUGGUUCGACCGGGGCUUAUCAAGGGCUCGGAAUGGCUCGAGGCACUCCCAAGUGGGUUCGUGGAGAAUCUGGAAGGGAGAGGCCUCUUUGUGAAAUGGGCUCCUCAGCUAGAAGUGUUGGCUCACUCAGCAGUUGGAGCAUUUUGGACUCAUAAUGGUUGGAAUUCAACUAUGGAAAGUAUUUGUGAAGGGGUUCCUAUGAUAUGCAUGCCCUUUUUCACCGACCAGAAAGUGAAUGCAAGGUAUGUGAGCCAUGUUUGGAGGGUUGGAUUGCAGCUAGAUGAGAGAAUAGAGAGAGGGGAGAUAGAGAGGAGCAUUAGAAGGUUAAUGGAUCCCAACGUUGAGGGAAAGGAGAUAAGAGAUAGAGCCUUGAAAUUGAAGGAAGAGGCUAAGAUUUGCCUACAACAAGGUGGCUCUUCAUCCUCUUCAUUGGAAGACCUGCUUACUUACAUUCUCUCAUUCACUUUUGAAACCUCUUGA